AUGGUGCUGUAUUGGGCUUCCUGCCUCGUGACCCGGUGGGCCCAGGUUGUGACCUUCAUGUCCAUCGCGUUACAGGUCCGGCCCGCCAAGUACCUCCGCCAUCCUGCACGGUUAAGCAUAGAUCAUGACAUCUCCAUGUUCAAGGCACUAGCUUAUACCCCGGCAAAUGGGUACUCAGAAACGGAACACAUGGGCCACAGCAGCCCUGGGCUUUGCUAUCUCUUGGAUCCCAAAAAGUAACUCUCGGGGUUUGGAAUGUCCAGCUGCCCGCAGGUCAUGGAGGAGCGCAUCUCCAACCCAAGCCUGAACCCCACCGCAUCCUGCCAGUACUACUUUGAGAAGAUCUUACCCACCGGGGAACGUAGGGCUCCCCAGUACACGUUUAGCUACCGGCGCCCAUACAGAGGAUGGACCCCCAACCCAGCCCCAAACUAGUACCAGAUACCCUUGUUGGGUUCAACACUCCCUGUCAGCCGAGCUGCUCCCAGCCACAGUCUGGCCUCUCAGGACAAGAACUGGUUCUACAAGGAGGAUGUGGCAGGAGGCCCUGGACCUACCAGGUAUCGACCUGAGCCAUCCACCCAUCAGAACCCAGGCCCCACCUACAGCAUGGCCACAAGCGCUUGCUUACCCUCUGACCUCCACACCUCACGGCCUGGCCCUGGCUCCCACGUCCAGCAGGUCACCGUGCACAAGCCCCACAUCCCUGCUUCACCAUGGGCAUCAAGCACUCACCCACUCAGCCCACUGGUCAUCGAUGUUCGACUGAGGCCUCCCUCCUGGGCACCUACCGCCCCCCAUUCCCAGAAAUUAUUUUUCUACAAUUGCUAA